GAGACAGAAGAAGACGGCCUCUCAUGCUGUGACAGAGUUGGAGAACACCAAGGAUUGCAGCCAGGCCGGGAAGCCCCUCUUCUGCCCUUCCCAUCCCACAGAGGAGCUAAGGCUGUUCUGCGAGCAGUGUGACCAGCCUAUGUGCCGGGAUUGUGUUGUAGACAGGCACCGGCAGCACCCCUAUGACUUCAUCGGCAAUGUCAUCCACAGGCAUGGGGACGCCUUGCGAGGGCUGCUGAAAAGCACCCAGCAGCACAUGGGCACCCUAGAGGAUGUGCUGAGCCGGAUUGAUGACAUGGGCAGUGCCGUCCGCAGUCGUGCAGAGGCUGUGGCUGCAGAGAUCUGUCUGUUUGCCAGUGGGUAUGUGAAAGCGAUUGAAGAGCACCGGGACCGGCUGCUGAAGCAACUGGAGGACUUGAAGGUGCAGAAAGAAAACUUGCUGCACUUGCAGAAGGCCCAGCUGCAGCAGCUGCUGCUGGACAUGAGGACAGGCAUGGAGUUCACAGAGCAUUUGCUGACGAGUGGCUCGGACCUGGAGAUCCUCAUCACCAAAGGGGUGGUGGCGAGCCGGCUGGCAAAGCUGAACGGCGUUGCUUACAACACCCACCCCAGCGUGGAUGACGGGAUCCAUUUCUCUCCCCAGGAGAAGGCAGGGCAGUGUUGCGGCUAUGAAGUUUUCGGGGCCAUUCUCAAUAAAGUGGUUGAUCCAGCCAGAUGUACCCUGCACGGGGAAGAUCUCCACAGUGCCCGUCAGAACCAGCUGACUGGCUUUACCCUGCUCUGCAAUGACACCGUGGGGGAGCGGAUGGGGCGAGGAGGAGAGGCCGUGCGGGUCACCAUCACCCACAAGGACAAGAGGGGCUGUGCAGUCAAGCCAACAGUGUGUGAUAAUGAUGAUGGGACCUACCAUAUUUCCUACAGCCCUGAGGAAGCAGGCUUGUAUGCUGUCUGUGUCUAUGUGAAAGGGCAACAUGUACAGGGCUCUCCAUUCACUCUGAUGGUGAAAAACAAGUUCCGCGAGCACCACGGUGUGUUUCACUGCUGCACAUUCUGCUCAAGCGGAGGGCAGAAAGCUGCUCGCUGUGCCUGUGGUGGGACCAUGCCAGGUGGGUACCAAGGCUGUGGCCAUGGACACAAAGGUCACCCUGGCUACCCGCACUGGUCGUGCUGUGGACAAGUGAAGGAGAAUUCAGAGUGUUUGGGUGGGCCACCCAGCGACACCUCGCAGAGGAGGUUGCUCAGGACGGUGGUGCUCUGAGCAGCCAGGUGAGCUCCUGUGAGCCCAGGGCACUGCUGCUGGCUGCUGCAUCAACACAAACCAUGAGGAUCCC